UUGUCUUUACUAGAAACAGUAAUUGCAAACGUGAACUUCAUAUUUACUGAAAGCGGUAGACUGCUUCACCCUGACUCAUGGAAAGGAGUCCAGAUAUUGGAUUCACUGUGAAAAGUUCAAAAGGAAGAAUAAAGAGGCAGAGGAUCUUCUAGAAUUGUGUUCCCAUCAGCAUGUUGAGAUGGAAAGGUGUGAAAGUAAAGAGCUUGAUGUUGAAAUAAGGAACCUGAUAGAGAGGAGUGGUGCUUCCAAGUCGUGUGAGGACUCUGAACCUAUUGCCCAAGGGAGUCUGAACCACCAGAGGACUUCAUGUUCCCCUAAGACCCGCAGUGAGACGAAUGCUGAAGGCCGUCUUGGAAGCACAUGGGCAGACAUGAGUGAGAUGGAAGCUCCAGCAGACCUGCUAGAAUCAAAGCACAUAUUACCAAACAAACAGAAGACUGUAUUAGCCAACUCUCAGGAACGACAUAUCCUCUCACUGGAAAGACAGAGACAAGAGCUUCUGGAGGUGAACAAGCAAUGGGACCAUCAAUUUAGAACCAUGAAACAGCUUUAUGAAAAACAGCUGGCAGAAGUGAAAGCAAAACUGCACGUGUCAGAGAGAAGAGUCAGUGAGCUGGAGGAAGAAAGACAUCGACAUCUUCCAGAGAAAGAGAGAUUGCAGGUCCUGGACAGAGACACACCAUCACAGGAAAUGAAAGAAAUAAAGGUCCUCAGUGAAGCUCUGCAUGAAAUGAAGGAAGAAAACAAGCUCCUGAAGCAGAAGAAUGCAUCAAUGAUAAGAAAACAAGAGCACUACGAGUGUGAAAUAAGUCGUCUCAAUAAGGCUCUUCUGGAUGUGCUGAAAAAGAACUCGUCUGUUCUCGGGACUCCUUCAGAGACUGGUGACAAGAACAGUCUUGAGGACAUGAGAACCCAACUUGAAGUUCUCAAACAACAGGUACAAAUAUAUGAAGAAGACUUCAAAAAGGAGAGAUCUGACAGAGAAAGACUUAAUGAGGAGAAAGAAGCAUUGCAGAAGGCUAAUGAGAGAUUACAGACUCAACUGAAUAAACUAAACUCACAGAUGAAGACCUGUCUGAAAGGAAAGGAACCACAGGAAAGGCAGUUACAGCAGCAGACAAAAGAUAUUCCGGUACAGUCCGAGCGGCUCACCUACCCACCUCCGCUCUUUCUCUCCCCAUGUGUUAAUUAUGGGAGUUGUGGGUUGGUUCUUCACUAUCAAGAUCCUCGAGUCCAUCCAGCGUCUCGCAGAGCACAACAACAGCAACAGCACUCACCAGACUAUCAGUGGUAUGUUCCUGACCAGUUUCCUCCAGAUGUUCAGCACAAGGCAAAGGAUUCAUCAUCAGAGAAAGGAGCCCAUCGCUGACAGCCUUUGACCUGAAGAUGUGUACGCCCAAGACUGCAAGCUAGUCCUGCAAUUUCAUUAUUUGGUUUUGUUCUGUUUUUGUUUCGGUUUUUGGUGUGUUUUUUGUUUGUUUGUUUGUUUGUUUGUUUGUUUGUUUGUUUUUAAUUUUGUUGGUCCCAGCUCUUCAGUGCAUGUUAUUUAUGCCUUGUGAAAUCCCUGUGAUGACAAUAGAAAAGCUGAUCGUUCAGGCUAGAGAUCCUCACGAUCCAGUUAAAACUCAACUGGGAAGUGUUAAUGCCCUUUGUUCUGAAGAUGCUGUUUGUGCUGGCUAUUUGUUAAGAAGCCUUGUGAUAAAAGAUGUAGCUAUUGCUCGGGCUUUGGAAGACAGUUGCGUCUGGUUUGAAUUCAAGAGCUUCCAGCUCUAUAGUGCUGUGAUUCUUUCUGUUUAAGGAUUAUAAUUGUUUUUAUUUGAUUCCUGGGAAUGAUUUGUUGAUGUACCACCUUGAAUUCUGUAGGUUUUCUUGGUUGUGUGUUAAAAAGGAAAUGCAUUUCACUGUUUUAACAUGUUUUUGCAAUUGGGAUCAGGUACCACUGAUGCUAGGCCAGGAACAAGGUGCCUAUUCCCAUUCUGAGUCCAGGCCAGCCCUCCUUUUGAAACAAUAAUUCUUUUUCUAUCCAUACUUAUUUGUAUCCAUAUAAUUUUUGUCUAAGUGUUUCAUGAGUUUAACUUCAUGGUGAAAGAAAAUUUAUAUUUCCAAAGAGUUCUUGCAAGGAAUCCCACUGUAAUGAAUCUGAACAUUGUUAUGUGACCUCCAAUCAGAGAAUAAAGCCUGGGUUUCUAAACAAAAUUGUAUUAGGACUAUGAGACUUUUCUAAAACUCUGGUGAAUGGCUGUUCAUCAAGCGCUGCCUCGUAACCCACUUGCCAGACUGCCUCUUCCCUUCAGGCUCUUGGUGAAGGAGGUACCCCAACCUGCUGGGACCCCACCUAGAGGAAGAAGUGGGGACAUAGUGCCAGGAGCCAUGUGAGAUGUCCUGUGUGUUUUCCUGAUAACACAGAAGUAGUUAAUACGAGUUGAAAUUUUUACUCAAGCAGAUUUUUGAUCUAUAUGAAGACAGAGAGAGAUCAGCUGGAAAAGGUUUGUGUGUCAUUUCUGCAUUUAGAACAGAUAUUUUAAUUCCCAGCAACAUACAAAGGCAUUAAAAUAAUAACCAUAUAGGAUGAAACGUGUUGUGAGUUUGAUUUUGGACACACUGGGGAAGAGCCCAUGGAAAAGGACUUUUCUACUGUUACAUUUUACUGCAAUGCUGCUCUUGCCUAUGCUGAUUAAAGAAAAGUUUUCCUAACUUACAAUAAAGAACUGGGAAGUGCCUGAGCGAAGCACCGAGUGAACUGAGCUCUGGAGAGAAAUUGCUUUUUCACGAUCUAUUGAAAAUUAGAGUUUUAAUUGCAAGAUUAGCCCCAGAACAAACUCCCUGCCUGUUAGAUAGAGAGGAGUUUUUAUCGCUGUGUGAAUUUGCAGUUGGCUUGCAGACAGUAUAGCAGCAGAUCGCUUAACUAGCAAACAGUGUAAGAGCGCGACUCCCGAUUAGCUAUUUGGCUAAUAAGGGUGAGAUCAUGGAAAAUGCUAAUGCGGUGCCUUCGGAAAAUCCAAUUAUAAUGUAGCCCGGCUCAAUGCAGGCUCCCAGCAGGUGACCAGUGUUGUGGGCAGGGCACCCUGCACUCAAAGGCGCCGUGCCUUCCCCAAACAGACCAGCUUCUGUGUGGCUGCUGUGGGAGGCAACAAACCUCGCUUCAUUCAUUUCGAUGUUUUCCCCAACACGCUUCGAAGGUUUGUGCCUUCCAUUGGUGGAGCUUAACUCAUUAUCUUGCAACUUGUGCAAGCAUUAUCUGGCCCAAGCAGAUGAUUCAACGCAAGCC